CCUGCCAGCCCUUUUCGCUUGAUCAGUUUUGACACAGUUGUUCUCCGCCAUGACGGGCUCAGAGACACUCAAGAUGAGCGCCCGAGGCAGCCCCCGGACCAGAACUCUUAGCCGGAUUGCCAUCUACGCCGUCCUGGCGAUGGCCUACGCGAACCUUUGGGCCUUUGUCAAUGCGAAGCACGUCGAGCCGAUGAGGAGGAGAACGCGGGCCAAAGCGAGCAGUUCUGAUCUACCUGACAAAUGGAAGGCUGGGCCUGCAGAGAUUUACACGGGCGUUGCGCAGAAAGCAGUCUACUUGAUGAAGGAGAAUCCCACGUUGUUCGACAUGUCGGUGGAGGAGGAGCUAGAGAAGCUCCAAGAAGAAAAGGAGGAGGAGGAGAAGAAGAAGAGUGAGAUGGAGGCCAAUGCCAAGGAGGACACCCUGGUUCUGAGAAGACGCAUUGAAGAAGUCAAAAUGAAUGACCGGAUUCGUGCAGUCACAGAGCUCCUCUACUUGAAGGUCUGUCGGAAGUUUCAACAGCUCCAAGUGCCGCUGAUUCCCGUGCUCAAGGAGGGUGGCGACGUGAAGUUUGGCAACGUGGACCUCAAGGCUUUAACCACGGACAUCUAUUCCAAAGAUGCGCUGGAGCUGGUGCGAGAGCACUUGUUCCGGAUCAUCGGACAGCAAGGCAAUCCUUCCUUCGCUGGUGGCAUGGGAGUGGUUCAGAUCGCGCUCUUUCAAGCGGGCCAGGUCUACGCGAUGUCAGCGAUGUUUGGCUACUACCUCCGACGUGUGGAUCAGCGGUAUCAGCUGGAGAAGCUGGCGGGGAAUUUUGGUGCCUGGGGCGAGGAGGCGCCGGAGGUCACCAGCCCCUUCGCCCAGGAUCAGGGUGCCGCCGAUUCGUUGAAGGGCUACAUCGAAUCCUUUGGAGCUGACGAAGUUCAGAGCAUGUGGUCGGUGACUUCGGUGGAAGCGCAGAUGGCGAUGGAGUCGCAGGUCACGGCGCUCUUCGGAGAUUUGCGUGCGCUCAAGGACAAGCUGGUGAAUGCGCUGGGCAUGGUGAGCAGUCCAGAGGAAGCUACCCAGAAACUCGAGCAGGCCAUUAAGAAGAAGGAGGUGGAAUCGCUUCGACUGACCAGCGACGACCUACGACGCUUGGUGCUGGAAGCUGUGGCCUAUGGCUCCUUGUUGAACGACUCUGAAAAGCAGUUCGACUCCAUCUACGAGUUGACCCCAGCGUCCAAUCGGAUCAUGGGAGUGUUAACCGGUGAUGAAGAAGGCCGCAUGUUGAAUGAGUGAGAGUCGGUGUGUUUGGAGUGAGAAGGAGUGGUCGAAGUGCCAUUCAUAUGAUUCUCAGCCCCGGCCUAUGCCCCGCGGCCUAUGCCCCGCGGCCUAUGCCCCACGGCCUAUGCCUCGCGGCCUGUGCCCCACGGCCUGCCUCCGCUUAACCAUUUCGGAGGGCUAAGCGUAGUUUGCCGCACAAAGUGCGGUUUGGGCCAGCUAUUAAUCCAGCAUCAGAGGCUUCUUGUACAGCUCGCGCCUCGGUACAGACGUCAAACAACACCGCGGCAACGCGGCAACACGUUGCCUUUUUCGGCGGUUUGGAAAGACCGGUUUCAGAGAUGGCCGAAUGGCAAAAUAAUUCGAUGAGGUCUACCCUGUCGGCACAACUUAGGAUCCAAAUUCCAUCAAAUUCCAAUGCUUGACCUGAAGAAACACCGUGACUUUCUUGAUUGUUUUGACUUUAAAGAUGGACCUGUAACCUGGGCGGAUAGAGUGCUGCAGAUAGAUCUGCGUUUGCUGAAGUCUCAAACUUCAAUCAGCUACAUCUGUGUGCUGCCAACAUUGCACGAGUGUCAGGCCAAA